GUCAUCCUGCAACAUCACAAAGAGCAACUGUUCCAAAAAUGCAGAUUCUGAAAUUCUAUCUUUUUCCCAACUCUGGAUCCUCCCUACAGAAAGUAAAUUUCUCUUAUCAUGGGUAACAUAACCAAGGGAGCCAGUACACCCAAAACUGACUCCAAUCCUUUCAUUUACACACUUUCUUCCUUGGGGCAGAAGGCAUGUAAUCCACUGCAGGCAAAAUUAUAUGAAGCCAUAAUGAAAGAUGAUAGCACCAAUGUUAAAGCUUUACUAGCAUACCAUCCUGUCAAUGAACCGAUAACUGUUUGGGAUAACCUUAUGUGCAGCAGACCACUGUCAGCCCAGGACCAGCCUAUACUUCCAAUUCAUUUAGCUGCCAAAUACAGAAAAAAAAAGAGUUUGCAGUGUUUAUUAGAAGCUGGUGCUGAUCCAAAAAUAAGAGAUAACAGAGGUUACACAGCACUCCAUCUCCUCCUGCUCCACUGGCCAAAUAUUUAUUCAACAGGGACAGCCAUCCUAGACAGACUUCAGAGAAACCUAGCAACUACACAAAGUAAUGCAGAAAAGUGUCUCCGUAUCUUGUGUGAAAAGGGAGCCGAGAUAAAUCAUGAAAUGGGAAGUUAUUACAAACACAACCCUCUACAUUUAGCCCUAUACUCUGGAGCCUCACAAGCUAUAUCCAUUCUUACAGAGAAUGGGGCUAACAUAAACGAGAUGGAUGAGUCUGGCAAGACAGCUCUUCACACAGCUGCAGAGUUACUGAACAAAGAGGUAACGGAAACUUUAAUCAACUGCGGAGCAAACAUAAAUUGCACUGUUCCAACUUAUGGAAAAACUGCCCUUCAACUUGCAGUGUGCUCUGCAUCAUCCAAAGCAGGCACAGUUUUAGCUGUUGAUAUAGACUGCAUCCGUUUACUAUUAAUUAAGGGAGCCAAAGUAAAUACCCAGGAUUGUGAAGGACGCACAGUUAUUCAUGAUGCUUGUUCAGGAGGCAGAAAAGAAAUAGUUGAUCUCUUGCUAGAUUAUAAAGCAGAUGUUAACUGUUUAACAAGUCAUGGGCAAUCUCCACUUUUUCUGUUUCUUCAGCAUAAGUCAAAUAUGAAACGUGUACCACUGUUAAACAAGUUGUUAAACCUCUCAUAUCCUUUGAAAUUAACCAAUAAUCAUGGAGAUCUACCCACUGGACUUCUGUUUCCAGAAUAUCAACAGGAAAAAGAAUUUCUCGUAAGAUUGUCAAAAACUAUGUUGUCCCUACAGGACAUCUGCAAAAUCACUGUCAGAAGAAUAUACGGGGAGAAAAACAAACAUUACUUGAAAAACCAACUCCCAGUAUCCAUGUGGAACUCUUUGUACACUUACCAGGACUUCACACAACGUUAGCAAAUGAAGCCCAUGAUUUAACUGUCACAAAGUUCAAAAGUUCUGAAAUAUUUCGUUCAAUAUUUAUGACACAAUUAGUUACAAGAAGGCACACUGAAAUGCUGUUGUUUCCAAAACUUUAAUGAAAAAUUAAACUUGAACCAUGACACUUACCAACGCUGCAUGUUUUAAAGCCACUCUAACCUCUCUUAAAUUUAAUUACAAUAAUCCAGAAUGUUUGGUGUUUCAUUUUGUUUUAUAUUUAUUGGUUUCUUCUGUAAUCAACACUUUAAGAGCAAGAUCUGCAAACAGUUUCAAAGUAAAUGGGUGGGAAUAAGACAUUCACUUUGUUUUAUAUGGUCCUUUCAGUUAAAGUAGGAACAAGCAAGACACAUUCUAUGAUUCAUUUGUAAAAAAGGAUGUGCUGUAAAAUUGGGAAGGCUGUCAUAUAUUCUUCACACAAAGCUCAAAUAAACCUCAGCUAUAGAGUUGCUAUCACUGCCCCCAUAAUGUAGACU